GAAUGCGAGAGAACAAAGGGUGCAGGUUUUAAUAGUCGAAAUCCACUGGUUCGACAGAUGCUUCCUUGAUCAAUCAUCACCUUGAUUUUCGGUGCAUUUUAGAUGGAAUGUUCUAUAAGUUUCGCUGCGCUUCUUCUGCUGUGACGCAGGUUCAGCGACGGAUCCGCCCGCUAGUUACUCCUCUCUGCCUGCCCCACCGAACUGAAGGAAUACACCAACCCCAAAUCAACUAAGCAAAGCAUUGUUCUUCCCAUCUUCUUCUCGCCCACACCUCCUUCCUACCUACUCCUACACAAACCCACCAUCCCCCCGUAAUCAACAAUCCCCAUCGCCGCCUACAACGACAUAACAUAAACUCCACAUCCUUACCUUUACAAAUAUGUCUGCACCAGUUACUCCCGAAGUCCUUUGGGCCCAGCGCUCUUCUAUCGACGACGAUGAGAAGAACGUCGUCUAUCUGACCAUAACGGCGGCCGACAUUCCCAAGGACUCUUUGAAGGUUGAGCUCACAGCCACCAAGCUCAGCUUCUCCGGCGAGAACAAGUGGAGGAAGUACGCCCUCGACCUCGAGUUCUACGCCGAGAUCGACGAGAAGCUCUCCAAGACCCAUCACUCUGGCCGCGGUGUCGAGUUCGUUCUGCGGAAGAAGGAGAUCAAGGCUGAGUUCUGGCCGAGACUCGCGAAGGAGCCCAAGAAGCUGCAGUUCAUCAAGACCGACUUCAACAAGUGGGUCGAUGAGGAUGAGCAGGAUGAGGCUGAGGAGCCCGCCAUCCCCGCCGGCAACGACAUGGACGGCGACAUGGACGGUGGCAUGGGCGGCAUGGGUGGCGGUAUGGGCGGUCUUGACUUCGCCAAGAUGAUGGGUGGUCAGGGCGGUGCCGGCGGUAUGGGAGGCAUGGACAUGGCGAGCAUGAUGCAGGGUAUGGGCGGUGCCGGCGGAAUGGGAGGCAUGGACAUGGCCAGCAUGAUGCAGGGAAUGGGCGGCGUUCCGGGUGGCGACGACGACGACGUACGAAAUUCCCUCCCGAAUGAAUCGUGAAGUGCGUGAGCUAAUGGUUCAAUAGGAGGACAUGCCCGAGCUCGAGGCCAUUCCUAAGGAUCAGCAGAAGGAAGUCACUGAGCAGGAGGAGACCGCCAUCGAGAUGGACGCUAGUGUCCCUGCCUCAAAGAAGAUUGAGGAGGUGAACUAGAUCGUCGCGGGCGUGUUGUAAGUCUACUGAGCUAUGGCGAAAGGCGUAGUGCGGGUUUCUUUCAAGCAUAUUGUCCUGCACCUUCUAAAUCGAUGGAUUUCUGGGUUUCCUUUUUGAAUCUUUUUUUUUCCCGCAAGCACGAAGAAUGAAAAACGUCGAGUUGCUGU